AUGCAAAAUGCGGCAGCUGUGACGACGGAUCUCUGGCCCUCGGUGGCUAAUGCUUUGGCAGCUCCAUGGAAGCGUUUCAGUCGGCCAUCAUCGGAGAUUUCCCCGGGCAAAGAACGUAAUGAAGUGCUCCGGAGACACCGGGAUGAAUCUCCAACAAUUCAAUCUCACCUGGUCCUCCCUGACUGCCUGAAAUCAGUCCCAAUGACAGCUCUGCGAAACGGCUCCAAAACGAACAUCCUGUUUGGCCAGCACACCUUGUCGCCGAUAUUUUAUUCUCCAACUCGGACAACUAUCUGGACCAGCAGAUUUUCUUCGGCCCCGAACAUUGUCAAAUCGAGCUCGCCUCGUCAGUUCUCUACCAUUUCUCUCCUUCAACUCGACCGCUCGCGGAGUAUCCCGAAAGUGAAAGGCAUUCCGCAAAUUCAACAGCACAGAUUCCUUUACGGAGGUCCGUUUCAGAAUGUAUUAGCCCACACUGAAAGAACUGCAAACAGUAAACCACAUAGCGUGAGCGCCCAAAAUGCGUUUUACAGCGCCCUGCUUCGCGCGAACAUGCCUGCAAUCAUCAUUGAACGAUAUCGGAGUGGGAAAUAUGCUGGUGAUGGUUUCAGUGAGGCUACGUACCUUAAGGCUCUUGAGCGGGUCGGCGGCUUGGAUGCUUCGGUUGGUCUCAGACCUGGACAAAAUCAAUUUCAAUCUCAAAAUCAGAAUCUCAACAACGACCAACUACAAGCAGUUGGACAGGCGGUCGCUGCCCAUAUGAAUGGAGCUCAAAUCGGAUUAUCUACGAAAAAGGACGGUACUGGAGCAAAGGAAUCUCCUCUCUACGUUGUGGUGGAGGAAUCUUUGUCAAGCUCGAUUUACCGCUGGGUUAAGUUCAUCUUUAUUUUCCUGCUUUUCACUUACGUCUCCUUCGUCGUGAUCAACAUCAUCGCGGACACUACCGGCAUUCUGAAAAAUGUCCGAGGUUCCCAGCCCAACGAAGCCCAACCGCAACACCAGCAAGUUCGAUUCAGUGAUGUCCAUGGCUGCGACGAAGCUAAGGGAGGAGCUUCAAGAACUGGUCGAAUUUCUGACCCAACCCUGAACGCUUCAACAAUCUUGGUGGUAAACUCCCCAAAGGUGUUCUCCUCGUUGGGGCCCCCUGGUACUGGAAAAACUUUACUUGCUCGAGCUGUUGCCGGAGAGGCUGGCGUACCUUUCUUUUAUAUGUCUGGGUCUGAAUUCGAUGAGGUAUAUGUUGGUGUGGGAGCCAAGCGUGUUCGCGAACUGUUCAAUCAAGCCCGAACCAAGGCGCCUGCGAUCAUAUUCAUUGACGAAUUGGAUGCAAUCGGAGCAAAGAGAAAUGAGCGAGAUGCCGCCUACGUAAAGCAAACUCUGAAUCAACUUCUGACCGAACUCGAUGGGUUCUCCCAGUCUACUGGCGUCAUUAUCAUUGCGGCAACCAACUAUCCAAAACUACUCGACAAAGCGCUAACACGGCCUGGCCGGUUCGACCGCAGGGUGGUGGUUGGCCUUCCUGACGUCCGUGGCCGCGUCGAUAUCUUAAAGCACCAUAUGAAAAACGUCCAAAUAAGCACAGAUGUCGAUACUACCGUUAUUGCUCGUGGAACGCCUGGCUUUUCUGGUGCCGAUUUGGAAAACCUUGUCAACCAAGCUGCCAUUCAUGCCAGCAAGAACAAACAAACCAAGGUUGGCCCGAAAGAUUUUGAUUGGGCCAAGGACAAAAUAAUGAUGGGGGCUGAGGCGCGCAGCAGGGUUAUGCGGGAGAAAGACAAGCUGCUCACCGCAUAUCAUGAAGCAGGACAUGCUCUUGUCGCGUACUUCUCUCCUGCUGCAACCCCAUUAUAUAAAAUUACUAUUGUCCCGAGAGGCAUGUCAUUGGGUACCACGCAUUUCCUCCCGGAAAUGGACAUUGUUUCGCGGAAUUAUACUGAGUUCUUGGCGGAUAUCGACGUGUCUAUGGGCGGUAAGGCCGCUGAAGAGCUUGUUUUUGGACCUGAAAACGUCACGAGCGGUAUAUCAUCGGACCUUCAACGUGCAACCAACACUGCCUUCUCGAUGGUAACUCAAUAUGGGUACUCGAAAAAACUAGGCUCUAUAGACCUUAUUUCAAACUACAAGUCAUUGUCUUCAGAGACCAAGCAAGAAAUCGAGGCUGAAGUCAGACGCCUAGUCGAGGAAUCAAGUCGACGCGCAACGGCAAUUCUCACAGAACACCGAAAGGAACUAGAGCUAUUAACCAAGGCGUUGAUGGAAUAUGAAACACUGACGAAGGACGAGAUGGAAAAAGUAUUGAGGGGAGAAAAAUUGGAUAAGCUUGAAUCGAUACCCAAGGCACCAAUUAUACUACCUGAUGCUCUGAUGGCGGCCGGAUUGAAGCCUCCGGCGGGAGAAUCUGCUGCGCCAAAAUGA